AUGACCCAAGGGCCCAGCCCACGCAGCGGCCUCACGCGGUCGCUCACACACAAGGAGCACGAGCUCGUCAACCGCCUUGACCGCCUGAAGUUCUUCCUCGCCACCGUGCGCUCGCGCUGGUCUGGUGACAACCUGUCUUCCUCUGCGGCCGCGGCCGCGGGCCUCCCGAGCGGCCUCUACCAUUGCACUGGCACUGACAUCGUGCGUGCACUCGUGUUCCGGUUCGAGGCGUUUGGCCGGCUGUUCGAGGAGGGCGUGUUCAGUGGCCUCUGGAACCUCAAGCCAGGCAUGGACGCGUGUCUCGAGGAGCACAAGUUUGUCUAA